AUGUCGAAACAUUCGUCAUCGCAAACGCCUCGUAAAUUAAAAAUUGGCUCCGGAUCAGUUGUUUGCCAAGAAGCUGAAAUAAAAGGUGAGGUUACAAUUGGUUCUCGAACGGUCAUCCACCCUAAGGCUCGCAUAAUAGCAGAAGCCGGGCCAAUUAUCAUUGGGGACAACAACCUUAUUGAAGAACAGGCUACAAUACUCAACUCGUCUUAUCUUGACGACGAUGAACAAUCUGGCGGAAAAAUUGUCUUGAAAAUUGGAAAUCAUAACGUUUUUGAGGUCGGCAGCCAGUGUGAAGCUGUAAAUGUGGGCGAUAACAACAUCCUGGAAGCUAAGAGUAAGGUGGGCCGAUUCACAAGUGUUUCUCAUGGGUGUGUAAUAGGAGCCAAGUGUGAAGUUACUUCUCAGGAAACUUUGCCAGAAAAUACAGUGAUCUAUGGACAAUGUUGUAGUAGGAGAGUGCAAGGAGAGAGACCUGUACCACAAACACUGCAAUUAGAUUUUCUCACCAAGAUUUUGCCAAACUAUCAUCAUCUAAAAAAAUCUAGUCGAUCAUAA